ACACUCAGUAAGGAUUAAAAAGAUUUCCGGUCCUGAUUUUACUUACAACUUUUUCUUGUCAACUUUUACAGCCGUGUAGGAAAAGAAAACAUUUCCUGCCAUGAUUGCUGCUAGUUUUAGAGACUGUGCGGCAUGGCGAGCAGAAGGCCUCCCACUGUCCACCAGCAGUAACGAAGCCUGUAAAUUAUACGACGCCAUACUCACACAGUAUGUCACAUGGCGUAAUGAUGAGACCCUUGGAGGAAUAGAGGGGUGCAUGGCAGCAGUCCAAGCAGCUGACCCGGACUUUGUGAUGGGUCAUGUGAUCAGCACUGGACUGCAGUUGGUGGGUACCGGCAGUUCAGUGCUGCGGGACCAAAGGCUGGCUGAUGCUGUGAGGAAGACAGUGGAUCUGGCUCGCUCCCAGGAGCUCACAGCCCGAGAAAAACAGCACGUCAAAGCCAUGGAGCUCUUCUCAAAAGGAGCCUUGAAAAAGGCCUGUGAUGUGUGGGAGGAUAUUUUGGUGGAGCACCCCACAGACAUGCUAGCUCUGAAGUUUUCCCAUGAUGGCUUUUUCUAUCUGGGUGAGCAGACUCAGAUGAGAGACUCUGUGGCUCAGGUUCUGCCGCACUGGAAACCACACAUGCCUCUCUACAGUUAUCUCAAAGGCCUGUAUUCAUUUGGACUUCUUGAAACUCGUUUCUAUGACCAAGCUGAGAAAGUAGCAAAGGAGGGUCUUGCUUUAACUCGUGAGGAUGGCUGGUGUGUCCAUUCUGUAGCUCAUGUCUAUGAGAUGAAGGCCGAAAUAGAGAAGGGGCUGAAGUUCAUGGCCUCCACUGAGAAAGACUGGAUGGUGUGUGACAUGUUGGCAUGCCACAACUACUGGCAUUGGGCACUUUAUCACAUUGAGAAGGGAGACUAUGAAGCCGCAUUGAAAAUCUUUGAUGAGCAGGUGUCCCGUCGCGGUGUAAAAUCAGGAGCCAUGCUGGACACAGUGGAUGCCUGUUCACUGCUCUACAGGCUGGAAAUGGAGGGUGUGACUGUGAAAGAGCGUUACCGGGAGCUGUUGCUGGUGACUGAGCCCCACUCUGAGGACCAUACUCUUCUCUUUAAUGACCUGCACUUCCUUAUGGUGUCUUUGGGCUGCAAGGAAACAGGAAUCACACAGCGACUGGUGGAGAGCCUACGAGAGCUGGCAAAAGAUCCUGAGGAAAACUAUCAGCACCAGCUUGCUAGUACUGUUGGGUUACCCAUGUGUCAGGCCAUGGUGGAAUAUGAUAAAGGAAACUACAGUAAGACAGUGGAGCUGCUUAAACCAUUAAGAUAUCGCUUCACGCAGAUAGGUGGCAGUGAUGCACAGAGGGAUGUUUUCAACCAGCUACUUAUCCAUGCUGCAAUGAAGUCACAAGACAAACAUCAUCAAAGAUUUGCCAGGUGCCUGCUGGUUGAAAGAGAUGCAGCGAGACUGAACUCCCCUCUCACUGACCGACUCAUCCAGAGAGCCCACUCUCUACAUGUGUAACUGCUCAGUACAUAGGGUGACCAGAUUUCCCUAGUCUGAAACUGGGACACUUUUGCGCACGACCAUGCUCGUGCUCUCACACCUUUUUUUUACGUAAACGUGACACUCAGAGAGGUGCUCUUAUCAUUUUGUUGAAGCUCACAUUUAUCAACAUCUCACAUGAAAUAAAACAAACAGGCAUUUUGUUAUCUAGUAGCAUAGUGGUAUACAGAUCAGUUAAAUUAUGGUCAGACAACAGAUUUUGUAAUGGCUGAGAAUAGGCCAGGCUAUGUCCAUAGGCCAAAUUUAAACUGAUUUAUUUCACCUGUUUGUGAGAACACCAAGAAGAAUGCAUAUGCACAUGUAGGCUAUAUCUCUAAAAUUGUAUGCACUAUAGCAUGAACUUAAAAAGUAGAUAUGUGACCUCAACAUAGCCUAGGUCAGAAUCAAUCUUACUAACCAUUCCCCACAACUGAAUGAAUAAAGCAAGAAGAUGUGUACAAAAGUGAGCACUUUAAUGGAAGGUGCAACAAGCUGUUCAACACAGCAAUAUGGCCAAACUGUCAGAAUGGUAUGUUAAACAGAAACAAAAAAGAGACAAUUGAUUUGAGAAUAUAUACUACGGAAGCCGCGAGAGGCCCUUCAUAUAAUCCUUUUUUUAUUCACCUUGUUAUUCCGAGAUAACGACAUAAUUAAUUCAGGAUCUCGAGAAAACAACACAGCUAAUUCGAGCUCUCGAGAAAACAAAACCGUUAUUCCGUGAUCUCGAGAAAACAAAAGAGUUAUUUCAUGAUCUCGAGUAAACAGCUGAGAAAUGGUUCAUUGAGGUGCGCCAAGAGACUUGUGAUAUGCUGACUUUGGGGCUAUUUCUCAUUCUGUAUAGACGCAACUUUGGUCAUUAGAAUGUCUGGAAUAAUCGAUCACCUAAUAAGGCAAUAUUUUGAUCAGGGGUUGACACAGGGAGAGAUUGCAUUAAGUCUUUUAAUAAGGGAUAAUUUCAAAAUUAGUCCGCGGCACCUCCGCAGAAGACUGGCCCGGCUUCGUCUCUACCGACGGAGAUACAGUGAUCCAGCUGAGAUCAUGAAAUAAUUGUUUUGUUUUCUCAAGAUCACGGAAUAAUUGUUUUGUUUUCUCGAGACCUCGAAAUAACGGUUUUAUUUUCUCGAGAUCUCGAAUUAGUGUUGUUUCCUCGAGAUCCUGAAUUAAUUAUGUCGUUAUCUCGGAAUAACGGUUUUGUUUUCUCGAGAUCUCUAAUUAGUUGUGUUGUUUUCUCGAGAUCCUGAAUUAAUUAUGUCGUUAUCUCGGGAUAACAAGGUGAAUAAAAAAGAUUAUAUGAAGGGCCUCUCUCAGCAAUAAAGGAGGAGAGGGGCGACAGCCCGAGGAAAGCCCCCACAGGAGCGCACAGCAUUUGCAACAUAGGCUACCCAACUCAGUACAAGAACAAAGCACUUACAGUGUGUGCAGUAGGCUUCGUGCGCAUUGUUCUGCACCUCUCGGAGGAAGGGGUAGGUGCCCUGUAAACCUUUGGAAAAGGUACAUUUUCUUUUCGGCAUAACUGCUGUGGCGUUACUGCUGCUAGCUGCUCGACAAAGAACAUUCGUGCCAGUUAAUGUUUAUUUUAUUGUUGCAUGGCAACAUGUUCUGUUGUCUGGAAUAAUGUGGCUAAAUAAACACCCAUGUCACAGGGCCAGGGGGCAGUAACCAGGGAAGUUUGCGAUUCCUGUCAAUUCAUCAAAAUAGUAAAUGCAGAAAACCGGGACAUAUCCGUGUCCCGACAGACUUUUGUCGGGACUCGGGACACACAACCCCAAAUCGGGACUGUCCCGGUAAAACCGGGACGUCUGGUCACCCUAUCAGUACAUCCACUACAGACUUAUUCCUUCAACUAUUACUUCUCCCACUACAGCUACUGCUAAAUAACCUUACAUAUGUUUCAAUACUUUAUCAACCUGAGAUUUUUGUUUUAUUACACACACAGCUGUUGAAUUUUCCAGUCUAAUUGAUUAAAAAGUGUUGAUUACUUUUC